AACUCCAUUUAACAAAUUUUAUUAGACAACACAGAUAAGAACCUAUACUACAUUGCAUUACUAUGUCUACCUUGUCCACUAAUAGAUUUAAUGAUCUCAUUGAUUUGCAACAACUUCAACGAAUUGCUGAAGACUACAGUUCCCACCUUGAGAGGAAGGUGAGUUCCAACCAAUCUAAAUUACAACAGGAAAGGCAGGCACAUAUCAAACUUAUAGAGGAAUUGAGAGCCCAUUCAAGAGAGCUUCUGAUUAAAAAAUCAGCCAUUGAACAAGAGGAGGCAAAACAGCGUAACGUGUUAGAACUGUCCGUGGAAUCAUUAUAUACUCAACGUAGAAAAGUGGAUGAGUUAUUAAAGAAAAAGAAGGAAUUACUGGAUUCUAAGAAUGAGCUAGAAUUGGAGAUUAACAAAUUGAAGUCACUGAUUAAUGAGAGAGAAACACAACUCACAGAAAUAAACAAAAAGUUAGAAGCCCAAUUAGCAUGGAUUCCGAAUCAAAUAUCCGAUUAUGAAAGAUAUACUGGAUUGAAGUUUGAUGCCUUGGAAGAAACCUUGAUUCAAUUUAUAUUUACAAGCAUAGAUCCCAAUGAAUAUGAAAGGGAAUUUUCCUUCAAAUUGAGGAUAGAUCAGGCUUAUAGUAUAGAGGAUACAAUCCCUCAAUUAGAAGACGAUGUGGUUAAGUCUUUGCUGAAUGAAUUCAAUCGUAAUCGAUUUGAGGUUGCCUUACGAAAGGUGCGAGAAGCCUUUCAAAAGUUGGUAUAGUAUACUUUUGACUAAUAAUACAAGAAGACAUUUUUAAUAUGCAACAUAAACCAACUUAGUUGGUGGAUUUGCUACUUUGAGGUGGUAAAACAAGAAUUGUACUCGGGUUACACUUCUGUGAAGUAAUAUACUGCGUCUUUCAUUGAUUUGAAGUUAUUGGUUGACUGGUUUUUACCAACUUUCUAAGACACUAUCGAUAAUAGAAUUUAGAUAGAUCUUUCCUUGAUGAUUGUUACAUAUCUCUGCUAGUUUCCGCAGACAUUCUUCAAGAUAAAUACAUGUAAUAUUGAGUGUUUGUAUUAUAGGCUAGAGUAGUAAAUAAACGGGUUGCAAAAAAA